UACGCAUUCAACCCUAACAAAAUUCCCUCUGCACGCCCUUCCAAAAUAAUAAUAAAAAAAAGAGAUGGCAGACAAAAAGAUAACCGGAGAAGUGAUCGGAAUCGACCUAGGCUCGACCUUCUCCUGCGUGGCCGUCGCCGGAAAGGACCGUACGAUAGAAAUCAUAGCCAACGACCAAGGAAACCGGACAACCCCUUCAUGGGUCGCCUUCUCCCCUGCCUACGCCGGCUCCGAACGUCUCAUCGGCGAAGCCGCCAAGAAUCAGGCCACUCUCAACCCACGCCGUACAAUCUUCGACGUCAAGCGACUCGUCGGCAAAAAAUUCGACGACCCAGAAGUCCAAAACGACCUAAAAUACCUGCCCUACCCCGUCGUGGAGAGAGAUGGAAAGCCGUGCGUCGAACUGGAAGUUAACGGCGAGCUGAAAACUUUCACGCCGGAAGAAAUAAGCGCCAUGGUGCUGGGGAAAAUGAAGGAGACGGCUGAAUCGUUCCUUGGGAAGCAAGUAACCAACGCCGUGUUCACUGUCCCAGCCUACUUCAAUGACUCCCAGAGGCAAGCCACGAAGGACGCCGGCACUAUCGCCGGCCUCAAUGUUGUACGAAUAAUCAACGAGCCUACAGCGGGUGCCCUUGCGUACGGUGCCAAGCUAGAUUCGAAGAGGAAGGUGAAUAUUCUGGUUUAUGAUUUAGGUGGCGGAACGUUCGACGUCAGUGUCUUGAAUAUCGACAACGGCGUGUUUCAGGUGCUUGCAACGGGAGGUAACACGCAUCUCGGCGGUGGCGAUUUCGACCAGAGAGUGAUGGACUAUUUUGUGGACUUGAUCAAGACAAAGUACAAGAAGGAUAUCAGUGAAGAUCGGAAGGCUCUUGGAAAGCUGCGGAGGGAAUGCGAGAGGGUGAAAAGGGUACUUAGCAGUCAAACACAAGCUAGGUUAGAGAUUGAUUCUUUAACAGAGGGGAUGGACCUUUCGGAGCCACUAACGAGGGCAAGAUUUGAAAAUUUGAAUUUGGAUUUCUUCGAGAGGACACUAGAGGUGGUGAAGUCGACAAUGGAGGAUGCAAAGGUGGAGAAGGGCCAGAUUGACGAGAUUGUGUUGGUUGGAGGAAGCACAAGAAUCCCUAAGAUAAGAGAGAUGUUGAAGAAGGAGUUCAAUGGCAAAGAGCCGAGUAAAGGGAUCAACCCCGACGAAGCCGUGGCUUAUGGUGCUGCCAUCCUUGGAGCAAUGCUUAGUAGCGACCAAGAUGGACUUGGGUUUAGUUUAUUUGAUGUCACUCCGCUAAGUUUGGGGACGGAUAUUAAAGGUGGUGUGAUGUCUGUAGUCGUGCCUAGAAACACUGUCAUUCCUACAAAGAUGUCAGAAAGGUAUUACACUGUUCACGACCAGCAGACUGCUUUGGGCGUAAAGGUGUUUCAAGGGGAAAGACCCCUGACCAAAGAUUGUCUUGGACUGGCAAGUUUCACUCUAACGGGCGUUACAUCAGCUCCAAGAGGAGAAACAUCUAUCGAGGUGACAUUCGAGGUUGAUGCGGAUGGGAUACUAAGUGUUACUGCCAAGGAGAUAGGAACCAACAAUUCUAAAUCCCUCACCAUUACCAGCUACAAAGGGAAUUUGAGCGAAGGGGAGAUUGAGAGGAUGGUAAGAGAGGCAAAGGAGAUGGCUGAGCAAGACCAAAAGGAAAAAGCGCGUAUUGAUGCUAGGAACCGAUUGGAGAAUGACAUUUAUGAUGUGAACAAGGCAUGGGAUGAUAAGUUGGCCGAGGUUAAAAGUGCCCUGAGGGAAGCUUCGGAGUGGUUGGAAGAGAACGAGAAUGCAUCCAUGCAAGACUACGAGGAGAAAAGUCGAGAACUAGCAGCUCUAUGGGACCUGUAGUGAUCAGCAAAGCGGUUAUGGAACCCUUAACGAGAUGGAGAGUUUUCUGUUAGUAUAUUUGUCUACUGUAGAGACAAGGUCGUCAGGCUUUCGAUCUACCUCUAAUGUUUUAACUUAUUUUUCUCGCGAUUAACCCUAGCUGUUUUAUUUUAGUGAAAAGUGCUGCAUGCAUGCACGCUUGGCUACGUCCGUGCCUCUCAGAGUCCACCCUUUUUAUAAUCUAAUUGCAAUUUUGAAGUAAUUGUUUAAUUAUGUACUUCGUUAAUUAUUGUUCAACCAUGUAUAAUAUUGAUAAAUAACUAGCUAGAUAGUAAAACCUUAUUGAGAAUUGAGAUGGAUAGAAUGACCUCUUUUCCUAUUUCUCACCCGUCAUAUACUAAUAGUCUAAUACUAGUUUUGACCCUCGCUCGUUUUACUAUAAUAUUUUAAGCGUUUGAGUGAUUAUCUUCAUGAAAACAUUUUUUUAAGUGUUGGUUGAAUUUUUUACAAUGACGAUUGAUAACUCAAUUCUUAGCAUUAAAGCAAUAAGAAGAAUAAAAUUACUGAGAAUUUGUAAACCUUCAACAUUAUUGAUGGGUGAGUUUGUCCCUAGAAAUGGUAAUUUCGACAUGACUCGUUUUACCUGAUUUGGUUAUUCUGUUUUAGGAGGGUCUGACUUUGUGACCGAGCCAUUUGUCGUUUGUUUAUGUUUGAAAAAAUGGAUGUAUUUGUAAUGCACAAAGAGAAAUUGGGAGCUCCCAUGCACUAGCUAUUAUAGUUUGAGCCGAAAGUAGCGAUCAUGCCCUUGAUGUAUAGUCUAGUUCCCUUCAAAAAUACCAAACUUAACUAGCAUGAUCAUGUAUAUAUGGCUGACUAUGUCAGUACUACUUAGUAAUUACAUUCAAAAUUAUUAUAAAUAAUAUAUUAUAAUAUAAAAUAAAUAAUAAUAAUAUAAUAAUAUAAUAUAUUUCUCCUAUUUUGUUUUUUCUUCAACUAGUUAGAGUCGAUUUUUCAACUUGUUAGGCUCAAUUAUUCAUUCUAUUAUCAAUAUUUUUCAUUCUUAAAGUAUUUUUCCCUACGUUUUAUUGUAAAAAGUAAAAUUUACUUGUAUUU